AAAGCGAGAGAAGCGAAUCAUUUCGCUUUGAAAGAAUAAAUAGAGAAGAGGGAGGGGGAAGCAUAAAAAUAAUAAAACAACACAAGGGAAAGUGUGUGAGAAGAAAAAGAUCUUUUUUUCCCUUCAGUGUGUGUGGUGUUUGACAGGAAUAGUAACCGGUAACUAAAGGUUCAGGGCAGCUCCGUGAGUGAGUGAGCCGGGCUUCGGUGGCGUGUGUGUGGAACUAGGAUCUCAGUCACGGGCCGCCCUGUUGAGGGCGGAGUUUGCAUUUUAUAUAUAUUUUUUUCCCUUCCCUUAAACUCUGACACGUCUGCAGUGAGUGAGUGGCAUUGGCAGUCUGUCAAUCCCUCACCAAAGCGGCCAUCAAAACAUAAAGAGUUGGCUCGUAAAUUGAUCUGGCUUUCACUGCUGGGGCAGUGCAAAUAAUUUUUAUGAUCUUUUCUUUUUUUAUUAUUUCCCUUCUGCCUUUUGAAGAGGCAGCUACUUUUACUUGAUCUUGUUUCUAUAGAUUUUUUUAUGAUCUUGGAUUUUGCUUCUUUUUAAUUAUUUUUCGCUCAUCCACACGCAGCGUUCCGGCUCUUGUAGCUUUUUUUUACUAUAUUGGGUUUUUGUAUUAUUUUUGUUGUUGUUAAAAAAAGGGGGAAUUAUAGACAAGUUUGAAAAAGGAAUUGAAAGCACCUCAAAGCAACUGUCCCUGUUCUCUUCGGCUCCAGUGGUACCUGUGCUAGUUUCAUUUCUUCUGUGUUACUGCUGCGGCAGAGUAUGGACGAUCAAUCCAGGAUGAUGCAGACUCAUCCCGGUGUAAGCUUGGCUGGACACUCGGUACAGGGGGGCAUGGGUUUGCCUCCACAUGUGCAAGGACAUGAAGGUGCAGACGGCGACGGAAGAAAGCAAGACAUCGGGGAUAUCCUUCAUCAGAUCAUGACCAUCACUGACCAGAGUCUGGACGAAGCACAAGCAAAGAAACACGCAUUAAAUUGCCACAGAAUGAAGCCAGCCUUGUUUAGCGUCCUGUGCGAAAUAAAAGAGAAAACAGGUCUCAGUAUUCGAGGUGCACAGGAGGAGGAGCCACCAGAUCCCCAGUUGAUGAGACUCGACAACAUGUUGCUGGCAGAAGGGGUUUCUGGACCAGAGAAAGGUGGCGGGGCAGCGGCAGCAGCGGCAGCAGCAGCAGCAUCUGGAGGAUCGGGAUCAGACAAUACUGCAGAACACUCAGACUACAGAGCCAAAUUGUCCCAGAUCAGACAGAUAUACCACACGGAGCUUGAAAAAUACGAACAGGCAUGUAACGAGUUCACUACACACGUGAUGAACCUCCUACGAGAACAGAGCCGGACACGUCCAAUUUCACCAAAGGAGAUUGAGAGGAUGGUUAGCAUCAUCCAUCGAAAAUUCAGUUCGAUUCAAAUGCAACUAAAACAGAGCACAUGUGAAGCGGUCAUGAUCCUGAGGUCACGAUUUCUUGAUGCCAGACGAAAGCGACGCAAUUUCAGCAAACAAGCAACAGAAGUCUUGAAUGAGUAUUUUUACUCACACCUCAGCAAUCCCUAUCCCAGUGAAGAAGCCAAAGAAGAGUUGGCAAAGAAGUGUAGUAUCACAGUAUCACAGGUGUCAAACUGGUUUGGCAACAAACGGAUCAGGUACAAGAAGAACAUCGGAAAGUUCCAAGAAGAAGCCAACCUAUAUGCUGCAAAAACCGCUGUAAAUGCUGCACAUGCUGUGGCAGCUGCUGUCCAAAACAGCCAAGCAAACUCUCCGACUACACCCACCUCCGGUUCUUCUGGUUCUUUUAACCUACCAAAUUCUGGGGACAUGUUCAUGAACAUGCAGAAUCUGAAUGGGGAUUCUUACCAAGGGUCCCAAGUCGGAGCCAAUGUGCAAUCACAGGUGGAUUCCCUGCGUCAUGUUAUCAAUCAGACGGGCGGAUACAGUGAUGGUCUUGGAGGGAAUUCACUGUACAGUCCACACAGUUUGAGCGCUAAUGGAGGAUGGCAAGAUGCAACUACUCCAUCUUCUGUGACUUCACCAACAGAAGGACCUGGAAGUGUGCACUCUGAUACCUCUAACUGAUCUCCUAAGAACAUCCAUUCCCUGAGCCAAUAGGCCUUGAUUAGCACUGACCAGUAGGAGAUGAAAGUGGAUUUUCUGUAGCCCAGUCACCUACUGUUUACUGUAAAACCCUGUUCUUUAAUCAGAAAAAAAGUAAGUAUCAUAUAAUCCAUAUUUAAGAAGAGAAACACUCGGUUCUCAUUGAAAAGAACCAUAUUAAUUCCAUUAUAUAUAGCACAGUCUUACCUUAUUCAGUUACUGAAUGAGGCAAAGACCUAAACAGGCCUGGUGUUUUCUGACUUAAAGUGGAUCAAAAAGUGAUUUUUCAAUGGGAAUGCACAAAGGGUGAAAACAUGUUUUUGAAGAUUUAUAUGUGCGAGAUGUUAUUGUGAAGCUUCUUGACCUUUUGAGGUAUGAAUGCACGUUUCAAUUUUGACUGCAAGAUACAAGA